AUGCCCUACUUGGAGCAAGCUGGAUUUAGGUCAGCAGCAUUGAUCCAGACGUUCGACUUGCGAUACGAUUUAAUAUCUGCACUAGUGGAGCGGUGGCGCCCGGAGACCCACACUUUUCAUUUUUCGUGUGGGGAGUGCAUAAUGACUUUAGAGGAUGUUGCACUGCAGCUUGGGCUCCUAAUCAACGAGAGUCCCCCUACUAGGAGACUCGAUGAGUCAAAUUUUUCGGGCUUGAAAUUUACAUGGCUAAAAGUCAAAUUUGGACACUUAUCAGCUAAUGCCACUGAAGGAGAGUUGAUGUGCGCUGCUGGAGCCUGGGGCUCUGCAGUUCUGGCAGUGUUGUAUCGGGAGCUUUGUUGGACGGCAAAGCCUGCUGUCAUAGACAUAGGCGGAUGCCUUACAUUGUUGCAGUCCUGGGCACUUUAUCGGAUGUCAUUCUUGGCAUCAGUUAGUCACCAACCAUAUGUAUAUCCACUAGUUAACAGAUGGAGUAUUUAUCCGGGUAUCGAGAAGUCAUACACUGUCCCGAUAUACCGUCUGAUGAUCGAACAGCAUACCGGGGAAGGGAUGGUUAUGGCUUCCGAUUUGCAACCAUCAGUAGAGUACAAGCAAUGGCACUCUAGUUUGGCAAAGCCAUAUCUACUUGGAGGGUAG